AUGACGUCAUCAGCCCAGGAGCUCUCAGUCGCUGCGGUUCAUACAGCCUCUGGAACCUGGGAGCCUGACGCGCUUGCGCGCUUUGGCGACCAUGGAUUGGCUGAGAGAGGUUUUGGGGCGGAGUCACUGCUCCGCCGCAGCAGCAUGACCGUCCACAACCUAUACCUGUUUGAUCGGAAUGGAGUAUGUCUGCAUUACAGCGAGUGGCACCGCAAGAAACAAGCGGGGAUCCCCAAGGAGGAGGAGUACAAGCUGAUGUAUGGGAUGCUCUUCUCUAUCCGCUCGUUUGUCAGCAAGAUGUCACCGCUAGACAUGAAGGACGGCUUCCUGGCCUUCCAAACCAGCCGCUACAAACUCCAUUACUACGAGACGCCCACUGGAAUCAAGGUUGUCAUGAAUACUGACUUGGGCGUGGGACCCAUCCGAGAUGUGCUGCACCACAUCUACAGUGCGCUGUAUGUGGAGCUGGUGGUGAAGAAUCCCCUGUGCCCGCUGGGCCAAACUGUGCAGAGUGAGCUCUUCCGCUCCCGACUAGACUCCUACGUCCGCUCUCUGCCCUUCUUCUCCGCCCGGGCUGGCUGA